CGCCUGCCCGCCCGCGGCCAUGGCCGUCCGGUCCGGCCUGUGGCCAGCGUUCCUGGGCAUAGUCCUCGCCGCCUGGCUCCGCGGCUCGGGGGCCCAGCAGAGUGCCACAGUGGCCAACCCGGUGCCCGGCUCUAACCCAGACCUGCUUCCCCACUUCCUGGUGGAGCCUGAGGACGUGUACAUCGUCAAGAACAAGCCGGUACUGCUGGUGUGCAAGGCCAUGCCCGCCACGCAAAUCUUCUUCAAGUGCAACGGGGAGUGGGUGCGCCAGGUGGACCACGUGAUCGAGCACAGCAUGGAUGGGAGCAGCGGACUGCCUGCCAUGGAGGUCCGCAUCAAUGUCUCGAGGCAGCAGGUGGAGAAGGUGUUUGGGCUGGAGGAGUACUGGUGCCAGUGCGUGGCAUGGAGCUCCUCGGGCACCACCAAGAGUCAGAAGGCCUACAUCCGCAUUGCCUAUUUGCGCAAGAACUUUGAGCAGGAGCCGCUGGCCAAGGAGGUGUCCCUGGAGCAGGGCAUCGUGCUGCCCUGCCGCCCGCCAGAGGGCAUCCCUCCAGCUGAGGUGGAGUGGCUCCGGAACGAGGACCUGGUGGACCCAUCCCUGGACCCCAAUGUGUACAUCACGCGGGAGCAUAGCCUGGUGGUGCGACAGGCCCGCCUGGCCGACACGGCCAACUACACCUGCGUGGCCAAGAACAUCGUAGCUCGUCGCCGCAGCGCCUCCGCUGCUGUCAUCGUCUACGUGAACGGUGGGUGGUCGACGUGGACCGAGUGGUCCGUCUGCAGCGCCAGCUGUGGGCGCGGCUGGCAGAAAAGGAGCCGGAGCUGCACCAACCCGGCGCCUCUCAACGGGGGCGCCUUCUGUGAGGGGCAGAAUGUCCAGAAAACAGCCUGCGCCACCCUGUGCCCAGUGGAUGGCAGCUGGAGCCCGUGGAGCAAGUGGUCGGCCUGUGGGCUCGACUGCACCCACUGGCGGAGCCGUGAGUGCUCUGACCCAGCACCCCGCAACGGAGGUGAGGAGUGCCGAGGCACUGACCUGGACACCCGCAAUUGUACCAGUGACCUCUGCGUGCACACUGCUUCCGGCCCAGAGGACGUGGCGCUCUACGUGGGCCUCGUAGCCGUGGCCGUGUGCCUCCUCCUGCUGCUGCUCGUCCUUAUUCUUGUGUACUGCCGCAAGAAGGAGGGACUGGACUCGGAUGUGGCCGACUCAUCCAUUCUCACCUCAGGCUUCCAGCCCGUCAGCAUCAAGCCCAGCAAAGCAGACAAUCCCCAUCUGCUCACCAUCCAGCCAGACCUCAGCACCACUACGACCACCUACCAGGGCAGUCUGUGUCCCCGGCAAGAUGGGCCCAGCCCCAAGUUCCAGCUCACCAACGGGCACCUGCUCAGCCCGCUGGGUGGCGGCCGCCACACGCUGCACCACAGCUCACCCACUUCUGAGGCUGAGGACUUCGUCUCCCGCCUCUCCACCCAGAAUUACUUCCGCUCCCUGCCCCGCGGCUCCAGCAACAUGGCCUAUGGGACCUUCAACUUCCUUGGGGGCCGGCUGAUGAUCCCUAAUACAGGCAUCAGCCUCCUCAUCCCCCCAGACGCCAUACCCCGAGGAAAGAUCUACGAGAUCUACCUCACACUGCACAAGCCGGAGGAUGUGAGGUUGCCCCUAGCCGGCUGUCAGACCCUGCUGAGUCCCAUCGUUAGCUGUGGGCCCCCCGGAGUCCUGCUCACCCGGCCAGUCAUCCUCGCCAUGGACCACUGUGGGGAGCCCAGCCCCGAGAGCUGGAGCCUGCACCUCAAAAAGCAAUCCUGCGAAGGCAGCUGGGAGGAUGUGCUGCACCUCGGCGAGGAGGCGCCCUCCCACCUCUACUACUGCCAGCUGGAGGCCGGCGCCUGCUAUGUCUUCACGGAGCAGUUGGGCCGAUUCGCACUGGUGGGAGAGGCUCUCAGCGUGGCCGCGGCCAAGCGCCUCAAGCUGCUUCUGUUUGCCCCCGUGGCCUGCACCUCCCUCGAGUACAACAUCCGAGUCUACUGCCUGCAUGACACCCACGAUGCACUCAAGGAGGUGGUGCAGCUGGAGAAGCAGCUGGGAGGACAGCUGAUCCAGGAGCCUCGCAUCCUGCACUUCAAGGACAGUUACCACAACCUGCGCCUGUCCAUCCAUGACGUGCCCAGCUCCCUGUGGAAGAGCAAGCUCCUCGUCAGCUACCAGGAGAUCCCCUUUUAUCACAUCUGGAAUGGUACACAGCAGUACCUGCACUGUACCUUCACCUUGGAGCGCGUCAGCCCCAGCACCAGCGACCUGGCCUGCAAGGUGUGGGUAUGGCAGGUGGAGGGCGACGGGCAGAGCUUCAACAUCAACUUCAACAUCACCAAGGACACGAGAUUCGCUGAGCUGCUGGCCCUGGAGAGUGAAGGGGGGCUCCCAGCCCUAGUGGGCCCCAGUGCCUUCAAGAUCCCCUUCCUCAUUCGGCAGAAGAUCAUUACCAGCCUGGAUCCACCCUGUAGCCGGGGUGCCGACUGGCGGACUCUGGCCCAGAAACUCCACCUGGACAGCCAUCUCAGCUUCUUUGCCUCCAAGCCCAGCCCCACAGCCAUGAUCCUCAACCUGUGGGAGGCGCGGCACUUCCCCAACGGCAACCUCAGCCAGCUGGCUGCAGCAGUGGCCGGACUUGGCCAGCCAGAUGCUGGCCUCUUCACAGUGUCAGAGGCCGAAUGCUGAGGCCGGCGAGGCCCACAAAGCCUACACUCUCACCAGCUUUGGCACCCGCCAGGGACAGGCAGAAGCCACCACCGGGGAGAGCUGUGUGGACAGGCCCCCUCCUGGCAGACGCUAUCCCCUAACACUGGCCCUUCAGACCCUGCCCGCACUCCUUCCCCUCCAUGGCCUGCCUGGCCGGGCUGGCACUGCCACCUGCUCCGACUCUGCCCGGGGCCCAGGGUGGACAGUGCCUGGAGCCCGGGCUGGGCCCAGCCCAUCUGUGUGUGUGUAUGUGCGUGUGAUGCUACCUCUCCUCCUGCCCCAGCCAGGGGGCCGCAUACACACGGGCAUACAUGCACACGAUGGGCUCGGGACGUGGCCCCCGGAGCUCCUGCCUGAGCUGGACCUUAUGCAAACAUUUCUGUGCCUGCUGGGUAGGGGCACAUCUGAGGGGCCUGGCUCCAAGCCUGUGGGACUGAGGGCCACAGCUGAACAGGGGGCGGCCCCUGGAUUCAGGCACACAACUACACACGGGCAUGUGCCCAUGCAUGUCCCGUGUGCUCCUGUCACAUGCAUCCCCCCACACAUGCAUCUCAUGCUGUACACCUGGAGGCUGCUCACGUCUCUCACGCCCGGUGUCAGUCCACAUCUGCCUCUCACAUGCUGCCCUUCUCCCACCCACCCAGGGACACCCAACGGCUCCUCUCUGAUCCCCCCCUGCCCCCAGCCACGAGGAGCCCUGCCUGACGGGGCGUGUGAAUAUGCAACGGGAGUCCCGGGCUGGACAAUGGCGAGUGUGCGUGCCGUGGCGUGCCCGUUCUUGGGGCUGGCCGGUGCCCCCGUGCGGGGCCUGUCAUGUGAAGCUUGUGCCCUGACUCUGUUUUAAGUGCAUUCGUGCACUUACACUUGGCCUUAUGUACACAGCCUUGCCCGGCCGCCAGGGCGCGUAGGGAUUUUAGCGGACGUGAAUGUAAAUAAAUUAUAUAUAUAUAUUGCUAA